AAUCAACAUGUUUGUUUAUAAACACUUCUAGACCGUCACGAUUCAUUUGUAAUUUUAAAAUUAUAGGAUCAAUUUAUUUGCUGUGGCAACGUGCAUCAUUUAUGUUUCUUCCGGGUCAUAGCGCCUGAGCCUUUAAAGCUGCAUCAUGCUUGAUCGAUUAUCUCCUUUCAUGCUCACCGUACAUAACACGUGGUGUGGAGGCCGAAUAAUAAGAUGUGGAUUAGUUUCAAGGAAGACAGUGUUCUAACCGGGUGAUAGGAGCUAUUUUAUAAACUGUUGGGAAAAAUAUCGCUUAUCAAGUGUCAUGAUCAUAGUCAUAUCAUUCACAAAAUGUAAUAAUCUUUAAAUAGACGGUGCAAAUGCGAGUUAUAUAUUCGUGGUCACUUAUCUCUCAGCGGAUUGUUUUCACCUUUGGAAAUGUGCAAUUAAAGUGAUACAAAAGCUCAAAGUUGACUUGCUUAGAUGUCGCCUCCGAAGUUGGUCUUUUAUGUGACUGUGGUUGUGUUUGCCGGUGUCGUCAUCUUCACUCGUGACCUACUUUACCUCGUUCGGACAGAGACCAGAUAUGGCCAACUCGAUCAAUAUGACCAUGCCGUUAGGAAUAAACAUCAUAUGGACCAGGCAAACUUGAAAAUUCUCCGCGCCAAAGCUGGCCUGGUUCAUGACGAAAACAAUAUCGAAUUAAAUUUAACAUUACGUUUCCAAGUAAAUGGCGGUGAAAAUGAGGUGCGUCAGAAGUUAAAAUAUGUUGACAAAACGGUAAAAACGAGUAAAAAAGAAGCAGCCAGCCAAGGCGAAAUAACAUUUGAGACACCCAGUCUAUUGACACUUUUUACGACAUGGAGCGGAAAAGGUGACGUCAACGCAAGAACGCAUAACUUCACACUUAGGAACUGGGCAAGACUUAAACCUGAAGUUAAUCCUGUUCUAUUUAUAGACGAUGGAUACGAUGCUACUGUUGCACAAAGACUCGGUUGGAAAACUCAUCGAAUACCAAAAUCUUCUAUUAACGGUCUUCCCGUGUUAAAAGACAUGUUCAAAGUGAUCAAGGACACGUACAAGUCUACAUUUUACGGAUAUGCUAAUUCGGAUAUUCUUUUUACAUCUAACCUUGUUGAAACAUUAGUGCACGUGUAUUACGACAGUUUUUACAGUGAUAACACAACACUGGUGACUGGCAUGAGAACAAACAUAGUGAAUUUAACAGAAGAGGAGUUUUCCACCCAAACCACGCUCCUAAACGCUGUCUCAACUCGAGGCCAAUUGUAUAUGACUUCUGCUGAGGACUAUUUUAUUUACGCGGCGGAAUAUUCUUGGAGUGAUAUGCCGGAAUUUGUUGUGGGUUUGAUAGCAUACGAUAAUUGGCUCGUGCUUAAUUCCAGAUACAGAGAAGAUCAUGUUAUAGACGCAUCAAGAACCGUAACAGCCGCACAUCAUACAGUUCGAGAACCAGACUAUCAAUCUCACUUCCGGGAAAACGCGCAAUAUAACAAGGUGUUGUUUCGUAAAAUGAUGCAGUUCCAUGUAGAACCGCCAUACGAGAAAGGGUUUACAAAUUGUAUAGAUAAGUAUACUGAAUUCGUUGAUAAAAAGAUAGAAAUACGAAGCAGAAAGCUAGAAGACCCAUGCCUGUUUUAGUCGUAUUCGUUUAUAAUAUGCAUUUACAUAAUUAUGCAUGUCCCCAAUACUAUGUUUUUCCUGCAAGUAAGCAAAACAUCGUAUACCUGAGUCAGUGAACAAAAUAUGUAUAUUAUACUAUUAGUUUGCAAAAAAAGCGAUAUGUAUAAAGCAGCUAAACAGAUAAAAAUGAAGGAAAGCAACGCAAUCAAAACUAUAUUAGAAUUAAACACGGCAACACAUGAGGCCCAAUAAUCCUUAAUGUCAGAUAGUUACAUGUAUAUAACAAGUUUUGCAUAAUACUGAAUGUAUAUUCUAUAAUUUAUGCUGUACAUUUUCAUCAUCGUUGAACUUAUCAUUAUGAUCAAUCAUAUUCAUCGCUGUCGUCAUCGUUAUCAUGAUCACCGUUGUCGAACUGUGUCAUAGUGGUUGUUCCAUUAUUUUACUUUUUGAAAAUAAAACAAAAUUCACCUGUA